AGCCUUUACAUUUGAUUUCACUACCCUCUCUCUCCGCCUCCCUUUAAGACCAAAUCUUUCUCUCUCUCCGCCAUUUGCAUAGAGCUCAACGAGCUCACUUUCUUCACGCACUUCUUGGAACAAAAGAAGGUAUUCAGUCUAUUGAGAGAGAGAGAGAGAGAGACAAGAACAAGAAGAAGAAGAAGAAGAAGAAGAAUAAAGAAUCUUGAAGUUUUUGUAUCCAACAACUCAAAAGAUCAGAUCGGAUCGGGUUUCUUUUUUUUUUCAAGAACAUUUUUAAUCAAGAUGCAGACGACCAACGGCUCAGAUUCAACGUUGGCAACUUCCGGAUCCACGCAACAAACCACCACUCCUCCACCACCACAGCAGUGGCAACAACAACAACAACCGCAUCAGCAACAACAGCAACAGUGGAUGGCGGCUGCGGCGGCCAUGCAGUAUCCCGGAGCUGCUAUGAUGAUGAUGCAGCAACAACAGAUGAUGAUGUAUCCUCACCAAUACGUUCCUUAUAACCAAGGUCCUUAUCAGCAGCAGCAACACCACCAUCCUCAGCUUCACCAAUACGGCUCUUAUCAACAGCAUCAUCAUCAACACAAGCCUCUUGACCGUGGAUCUGGUGACGAUGUCAAGACUCUUUGGAUCGGUGAUCUUCUUCAUUGGAUGGACGAGACUUAUCUCCAUUCUUGCUUCUCCCACACUGGCGAGGUUUCUUCUGUGAAAGUUAUACGUAACAAGCUCACUUCUCAGUCAGAAGGGUAUGGCUUUGUUGAGUUUCUUUCACGUGCUGUAGCUGAAGAAGUUCUUCAGAACUAUAGUGGUUCGUUGAUGCCAAACUCGGAGCAGCCCUUCCGUUUGAACUGGGCAUCUUUCAGUACUGCUGAAAAAAGAGCAGUAGAAAGUGGUCCGGAUCUAUCUGUAUUUGUUGGAGACUUGUCUCCUGAUGUGACUGACGAUUUAUUGCAUGAGACCUUUUCUACUAGAUACCCUUCUGUCAAAGGCGCUAAAGUUGUGAUUGAUUCCAACAGCGGACGGUCCAAAGGUUACGGUUUUGUUAGGUUUGGUGAUGAAAAUGAGAGAUCAAGAGCUUUGACAGAAAUGAACGGAGCUUUCUGUUCUAACAGGCAAAUGCGCGUUGGCGUUGCAACUCCCAAAAGGGCUGUUGCUAAUCAGCAACAACAUUCUUCACAAGCUCUGAUACUGGCUGGUGGACAUGGAGCAAAUGGUUACAUGGCUCAUGGCUCGCAGUCUGAUGGCGAAUCAACUAACUCAACAAUAUUCGUUGGGGGCAUUGACCCUGAUGUUACUGAUGAAGACCUCAGACAACCUUUCUCCCAGUUUGGGGAAGUUGUUUCAGUGAAGAUCCCAGUAGGCAAAGGAUGUGGAUUUGUCCAAUUUGCUGACAGGAAGAGUGCUGAAGAUGCCAUCGAGAGUUUGAACGGGACAGUCAUCGGCAAGAACACUGUCAGACUCUCUUGGGGACGAACCCCAAACAAACAGCAGUGGAGAGGAGGAGACUCAGGACAGCAGUGGAAUGGAGGAUACUCACGAGGACAAGGUUACAACAAUGGAGGAGGAUAUGCUAACCACCACGAAUCCAACACCUAUCAUGGUGAGACUUGAGAGACUGAUCAUCACCAAUGGUGGCUUCUCAGUGGUUUAAAAGCUCUGAUUCAGAUAUCAAAAGCUACUAAACUUGUAGUCGAAAGAAGAAUUUUGUUAGAUGGAUUUGAUUUUGAUAGACUUGUUGUUUGGGGAGGAUUCAAAAAUUUUGGUUACUGGUUUGUCUCUCAGACUAAUAUAAUGGGUGUGUGCCUUUCUUGGAUCAGUUGAGUUCCCUCUUUAAAUU